AGUAGAUCCUGUAGACUCAUUGGACUCAGUCAUUGGAUCUAAUCUCAUGAUUAUUCUUUGACUUUUGGUUUCGAGUUUGUGUUGAACAUGUAUUUCUUUGUGUUGCUUCUUUGUCUUGUUCCAAAGAUUGAAGCAGACUUCACGUUGAGCUACUUCAAGCCUUGGAUAGGAGUUGGUUAUAACCUGGUCAAAGCCAAUCCUUCUGUAGGAAACGACGCCUCACAGGCGACGGAUCCUGGUUUCUACGCGACCAGAAGAAUCCUGCGAGUGACUGGUGCCAGCAGCAAUGACACUUCGAGCCAGAACAGCACAGGGCCGACCGAGGUAGAGUGGGUCCAGAGACAGUCAUGCAGUAACGGGGCCGUGGAGCGAACCUUUUAUUCCGGCAGGAGCUACCAGCAGAAGCUUCUGGAACAGAUCAAGGUGGACAGUCAGAAUGACCUUGACAUCCAAGGACUGGCUUUCGUGGAAAGUGACCAAUACAAACGCGUUGUCCGUGAGACUUCCGGGCCUUCUGGGAACGUUCUUCACGAUAUCACUACGCAGUGCACCUUGGGAACGCUGCGCUACAAGACAGAGCUUCUAGACACACCGUUGAUUGAGCCAACGUUUGCGCAUGCGUUGUGCUCACUUCCGUCCACAUAUUCUCUGCAGCCUUACGUCCAGUUCAUUCAAAACUGGGGCACGCAUGUCGUGAUUUCCUUCGACUAUGGUUACUCUGUCAUGACCGAGAAAGGAGGCAGCAAGUCCGAGUUUAUCACCGCACUUUUGGUCUCUAAUAACCCUGCAGUGAGGAAUAGUGGAGCUUAUAAGAACUACACUGAGUCUUAUAGCAUUCCCGCUGAAGAAAUUGGCAACUAUGAUAGUCAACAUCUACAGUUCGGGGUUGAAACCCAGACGGUGAAGAGAGGUUCACAGCAGAAUCCUGAACCGAUAACUCUAGUUCUUCUCCCCAUUAGCGAAGUAGUGAUGAGUCUUCACUGGAGCUCCAGCGUGCUUCCAGCAGAUUGUCCUGCUAACCUGCUCUCCCUCCUGCCCCAGUACGGUGCCAAUUUGAAGAUGGCAGUGACAGAAUACGCCAAGACAUUCACUGCCCCAACCAAUGAUCCAACUUCGUUUGUUAUUCCAUUGGCCUGGCCAGCAAGCCAGUUCGGCUUACUUCAGCCCAAAGCUGGCUGCUCCAGUGACGGACUCACCAGAUGGGAAUACGGCUCAAGGGAAUUCACUCCCGAGUACUACUUCACUCACAACAGUUUCUCGAAUCCCCUAAACCUGGCCGGUGAGUUUAACAAUCAGCGAAUCGUUGAACAGUUCUGUGUCAAAACUACAGGAACUGAAGCUCCUGACUGGCCCAAAGGAUCCUACUGCAUCCACAGAUACUCGCCAGCUUGUCCUGCAGGUUUUCUGUCGGGUUGGGUUUACUGGGAUGAUGAAGAUGGCAACGACAACCACGACAAGGUCAACGGAACGCUGCCCGCUGGAGAGUACGGUGCUGACACAAAGAUGUACUUUUGCUGCAGGAUGGAUUCUCCAGCCACCAAGAAAAUAUUGCUGCCUCACAGGUCACCCUUCUAUUUACUACGUUAUGGGGGCUCCUGUCAACAAGUCUAUGGUAUGGUGGUGUCAGAAGAAUACGUCACGUUUGACACAGAGGACACUUUUAAUCAGAACAACGAUCAGCACAGCCCCCCGUAUCCCGACGAUGGAUCCUUGGACAAUAUCACAUUCAGGUUGUGUUAUUAUCAGCCAACUCUUCCCCCUCACGUUGAUGUGGCUGUGGGAUAGGAAAAUGAGAAAAAACUGGUGAUCAUGGGUUAACCAAACUGUAUGCCAGGUUUUUUUUAAUGCAAUAGACCUAAAUGAUAAAAUAUGUUGAAAUAUCAAUAAAAAUUUGCAAAACAA